AGACAAGAUAUAUAACGUGAAAGUAACCGCAGUAUUUCCAGGGGUAUGGAAGUAGGCCGUCGCUGGGUUAGUAUAAAGACUCGGACGUGCCUCGCCUUGCGUCAAGCAGCAGCAAGUGGGACAGCAUAACAGUGCCGGACAUACUCCCUGAAAUGGUGCACGUGGCCGAUCUGCAACAUAAGGCAGAGUGGCUCAUGGUAGAAGAGCUAAAUACCAUGCUGGAGAAGCAUGGCCUGCAGCAGGUCCAGUACAUUAUCGAGGCUAUCUACCGGCAGGGCAACAAAUUCAUUAGCACUGCGGAAAAGGAGGAGCUCAUGGAGGUCCUCAUCGCUUUCUUCAGCGCCAGUCUCGGAUCGAAGGAGGACGCUGAGGCUGCAAUUCGCGAGUGGCCGGUAAUGAUGAAAUGGCACGGCCGUCGUGCGGCCUUCGCGCACCCGCUGGGCAGCGACGCGAUGGACCCAAAGGAGCUCAAAAUCCUCAAGGAGCAGGUCCUGAAGGCGCAGGCGUAUGCCCCUGUCCGCUCCGCCGUCAGGGCACUCAUCACUGCUGCUGAGGAGGUGCUAGCGGAGGUGUACGUCCCCAAAGUGUGCUGAGCUGCCGGCACCUGAGGGAGGGUGGUUAUAAGGCGCUUCGUAAUGUGGAGCUUCGCUCUGGCUGGCUUUUGCUACUGAGCCACUGGGCCAGGGCAGGGGCUGUGAAGCGGCAGCGGCACUGAGCGCAUGCCUGGGCAAAGAACUGUGGCACGGGGCACCACCUGUAUAUAAUGUUGCGCUGUAGUGCAGCUGUGCUGUAUGGCUUUGCGGGCUGCGGGAAAUGAGAGGGGCGGCCUGCUCUGCCCCAGCACCCGUGUGUACCCCGUCCUUUAGCUGGGCGGUCUUUGCAUAUUUUAUAGUUUACCCUGCAGCAGCCGGCGCUGACCUGUACGAUUAGGCCUGUCCUCACCACACUGACGGACUGCACAUCCGUGUAUGGCAUGUUUGUUUUGGCUUGCAACCCCAACGUGUGGGAUGCAUGCAUCUGUGUGCCCAGCGACGUGGAUUGUGUUUGACGGACUAGUGUAUUUCUAUGUAUGGGUGGUGCGGACCGUCUGCCAACCACGCACUGGGGAGUUUAGGGUGUAUUGAGAGAGGGUACUAGACGUGUGAUGAACACCCGCCCACACAGGCGGGCUUGCAUUAUGGCCACGGGCGGUCUCUGAACGGGGGCCGGCAUUUGAUUCCCCUUUGCUGGGCAUAUAAUGCUUUCCUUGUGGACGUUUCCUGCCUCUAUGAACAGGGUCAGGUAUGGCACAGUUGGGUAGCGUAUGGCUGAGUGCUACUGGUGGUACGUUUUGCUCUCCUAUACAAACCUUACCCGUGGGGUCAUCGGCAGUCCUCACCAUACCUCCACGCACCAGCCAUCAAACCCAAUGCGCACAGUGGUUCCCAAGUGAGCUGAGUCGUAAGCCAUGCUUAAUCUAUAUAUGCAUGCUGGCCUGCCGGCUGCUGUCUAGGUGGAUAAAUGCGUAAGGAAGGG